AUUUGCAAAAAAAUUCCCGCGAAUUGAAUGGAAGUAUCCAAUGAAAAUCUCUUAGUGGGUUAAGCUUCCGCCAUAAAAUGAAUAAGUAAUUCUAAAAAUAAAUAUCGCGGAGUUAGCGUCUGCAGUGUUGCAGCAGACAAAACAUUAUAUACGUAUACAUAAGAAAGUUAAUAUUAAAUAGUUUACAGUAUAAUUUCGAAUGAUGACAGAGAGUGACUAUCCACCGAUCAUAAGACUCGAGACCGAUGAUACGACGGCAUUCCUCAGGGCUGCUCGCUCCGGUAAUUUGGAAAAAGUUAUCGAAUAUCUCGACAAAAGUCUCGACAUCAAUACCGCUAAUUCGAAUGGAUUAAAUGCCUUGCAUUUAUCAUCUAAAGAUGGACAUGUAGAAAUUGUCACUGAAUUAUUAAAAAGGGGUGCUAAAGUCGAUGCUGCCACCAAAAAAGGGAAUACUGCAUUGCACAUUGCAUCAUUAGCUGGGCAAUCAGAAAUAGUAAAUAUUCUAAUACAAUACGGUGCAGCAGUUAACAUUCAAUCCCAAAAUGGCUUCACACCCCUGUACAUGGCAGCCCAAGAGAAUCACGAUCACGUUGUUAAAAUGUUACUCUCGAAUGGAGCCAAUCAGAGCCUGGCGACCGAGGAUGGAUUUACGCCUUUGGCCGUGGCAAUGCAGCAGGGCCACGAUAAGGUCGUCAGUGUCCUUUUGGAAAACGACUCGAAAGGGAAGGUGAGACUCCCAGCUCUUCACAUUGCCGCUAAAAAAGACGACUGCAAAGCAGCUGAUUUGUUACUUCAGAACGACCACAAGCCCGACGUAACAUCGAAAAGUGGUUUUACACCCCUUCACAUCGCGGCUCAUUACGGUAACGAGGAAAUAGGGCGACUUCUGAUAAAACGAGGUGCCGAUGUGAACUACUUGGCAAAACACAACAUCAGUCCCCUGCACGUUGCAGCUAAGUGGGGCAAGAACAAUAUGGUCAAGUUACUGCUGGAAAAUUCAGCGAUGAUCGAUGCUAAAACACGGGAUGGACUUACGCCACUUCAUUGUGCAGCGAGAUCCGGUCAUGAAGAAGUUGUAUCGACAUUAUUAGAGAAUUCAGCACCAAUUAGCGCAAGAACGAAGAAUGGUCUUGCACCCCUGCACAUGGCAUCCCAGGGAGAUCAUGUUGAUGCUGCUCGUGUACUUCUGUACCAUCGUGCACCAGUCGACGAAGUGACAAUAGACUAUUUGACAUCUCUCCACGUUGCUGCUCACUGUGGACACGUGCGAGUUGCCAAACUUUUGCUCGAUCGAAAGGCCGAUCCCAACGCACGUGCCCUCAACGGAUUCACACCCCUUCACAUAGCGUGUAAAAAAAAUCGAAUUAAAGUAGUGGAACUACUCCUGAAACAUGGAGCAUCGAUUGAGUCGACAACCGAGUCUGGGCUGACUCCUCUGCACGUUGCGAGCUUCAUGGGCUGCAUGAAUAUCGUUAUAUACCUGCUUCAGCAUGAAGCCAAUCCCGAUGUACCGACAGUACGUGGUGAAACGCCACUUCAUCUAGCAGCGAGGGCAAAUCAAACGGAUAUCAUCAGAAUUUUACUGAGGAACGGAGCCAAAGUCGAUGCAAGGGCUAGGGAGGAACAGACUCCUCUUCACAUAGCCUCUCGUCUCGGUAACGUUGACAUUGUCAUGUUACUCCUCCAACACGGCGCAUCAGUGGACACAACGACAAAGGACAUGUACACAGCCCUGCACAUUGCCUCUAAAGAGGGCCAGGAGGAGGUUGCAGCAAUUCUGGUUGAUAAUCAGGCAUCGGUUAAGGCAGUGACUAAAAAUGGUUACACCCCCCUUCAUAUUGCUGCUAAAUAUGGAAAUAUGAAUGUUGCAAAAAUAUUACUGCAGAGAGAUAGCAAGCUCGAUACCCAAGGAAAGAAUGACAUAACACCGUUGCACUUGGCUUGCCAUUACGACCACCCCAACGUGGCGACGAUGAUUCUGGAGAAGGGUGCGUCACCCCACCUGCCCUCGAAGAACGGGCACACCCCUCUGCACAUAGCAGCUCGAAAAAAUCAAAUGGAUAUCGCCUCAACUUUGCUAGAGCACGGUGCAGAUCCAAAUGCCCAGUCAAAAGCUGGCUUUACACCUCUGCAGUUGAGUGCCCAGAAGGGCCACUACGACAUGACAAAUCUCUUGAUCGAGCACGGUGCAGAUCCAAAUCACAAAUCCAAGAACGGCCUGACAGCCCUCCACCUCUGUGCACAAGAGGACUCCAUCCGUGUUGCUUCGAUUCUAGUUAAAAAUGGUGCUAAUGUCGAGAGUGAAACCGAAUCUGGCUAUCGUCCCAUUCACGUUGCCGCCCACUUUGGAAAUUUAUCCAUGAUCAGAUUUUUACUCAAGCACAACGCUCAAAUUGAUGUUAGAACAAGUCAGAAUUAUACUCCGCUGCAUCAAGCUGCACAACAGGGUCAUGCUCAUGUCGUUACAGCAUUGCUGGAGGGUGAUGCCUCUCACAAUGCCCGAACAAGUGACGGCUUGACUGCCCUCAACAUAGCUCAAAAACUAGGGUACAUUUCCGUGAUGGAAGUGUUAAAAGGCCUUCCUCACGACAGCGAGACCCCAGAUAAUAAAACCUGGGAGGAGAAGUACAAAGUUAUUGCACCAGAGAGUCUCCAAGAAACGAGUUUUAUGUCGGAUUCGGAUGACGAAGGAGGUUCAGAUGGAUUGACCAACGAGCAGCCUUAUCGCUAUCUAACCGUCGACUUAAUGAAGAACCUUCGGGAUGAUUCACUGCCGAUCGAUGUCACGCGAGACGAUCCCGUACACCGACAAGUCUCGAAAGAAGAGCAACAGGAAUUUACGCAGAGCCACAAUUAUUGCCUUGCUGAAAACUUUGAUUCCACCGAUGGAAUCAAUCUAGGAAGACUUCAUUUUAGAUCUUUCUUGGUGAGUUUCUUGGUGGACGCACGCGGUGGAACGAUGAAAGGCUGUCGACAUAGUGGAAUAAGAAUUAUAAUACCACCGCGAAGAGCUACAAUGCCGAUCAGGGUUACUUGCAGACUCGUCAAGCCAAGCAAAGUAGCCAAUCCUCCAGCUCUGAUGGAAGGAGAAGCUCUCGCCACCCGAAUAAUUGAAAUGGGGCCAGUGGGCGCCUCUUUUUUGGGGCCAGUCCUCAUCGACGUUCCCCAUUUCGCUUCAGUAACCGGAAAAGACCGCGAGAUAAUAAUCCUCCGGAGUGAAAAUGGCGAGACGUGGAAAGAGCACGACAACUCCCAUGAGAAUGAUGAUACAUUAUUCAACACACCCCACGAUACGCAAAUGAGUGCGCUAUACACCGGCAGAAUAACAAGAAUAAUCACCACUGAAUUUCCCCAAUAUUUCGCGAUAAUAACUCGAAUAAAGCAGGAAGUGCAUGUGAUCGGUGCUGACGGUGCAAUAUUGAUGUCAAGUGUAGCCAACAAUGUUCAGGCUGUAUUUCCACCGGGUGCCCUAACGAAGAAGAUCAAAGUGGGUCUCCAGGCCCACGUGAUACCAGCUGAACUCACUGCUAAACUCCUCGGCAAUUGUGUAGCAGUAUCACCGGUCAUCACCAUCGAGCCACGACGUCGAAAAUUCCACAAACCAAUAACCCUUACGAUACCAGUGCCUCAGGCUGCCAACAAGGGAAUGAUCAAUCAGUAUCAGUCCGGUGAAACACCAACUCUUCGAUUGCUUUGCAGCAUCGCUGGAGGUACCAGUGAGGCCCAGUGGGAAGAUGUUACUGGCUCCACUCCUCUUGCAUUUUCCAGCGAUAAAGUCUCCUUCACAACAACUGUCUCUGCCAGAUUCUGGUUGAUGGACUGCAGAAAUAUCAGUGAAGUGCCAAAAAUGGCAACUGAGUUGUACAAGGAGUCACUCUUCGUGCCAUUCAUAACCAACUUCAUCAUCUACACGAAGCGGAUGGAUCUUCUUGAAGCGACACUUCGCAUUCUCUGCAUGACUGAUGGGAAAGAAACGAUGCAUACAUUGGAGAGACAGGAGGAAUUCUUAGAAAUAGUAAAGAGUCGAGAUGUCGAAGCAUUGGAUGGCAAAGACCUCUACAUUGAGUUCAGCGGUAAUCUCGUACCUGUUACUAAAUCCGGCCAACAACUUAAAUUUACAUUCAGGGCAUUCCGUCAAAAUAGACUGUCCUUCCACGUUAAAGUCCGGGAUCCACUCCUCGAUCCCGUCGCCCGAAUGAUGUUCAUGAGAGAUCCAAAAGUUGCCAAAGGAGAGCCAGCCCAACAACCAAUCUGCGUAUUGAAUAUAGUUUUGCCGGACACCGUAUCAAAAUCCGAAUCAACCUCAAAGCUCAAAGAACUAGAUUCCAACCUCAUUAGCAAAAUGGAUAUGUACAAAUCUACUUACAUGAGGGACUACGGGGAAAAACGUGACAUACCAAAACCCACAUCACCAAAAGACAAACUCAUAACUGAUUUGUUACUAAAAGAACAGACAGAUGCCGCAACUAUCCACGAUUCCCUUGCACAAAAAGUGGCUUGUCCCCUAGAAUCAGUAGAUGCUAGUUAUCCCAAUAACGUAAAUACUCAAGGAGAUAUUUCACCAGAGCUUGAGAAGCAGACAUACUCGGAGAAACGUAGAUUCUGGGAGGAUAUCACGAGAAAGCGUGAUAGUUACCAGAGAUCCGAGUCCGAGGUAUCAAGGGCUUCGCAGUUAACUGUCAAUGAGAGUGACAGUGAAUAUCUGCAGAGUAUAGUAUCUGAGGAGGAGGCUCCCACUAUUCCAGAGAGAUCUGAGACACUUGAGGAUCUCAAUAUCCCCGAUAUAUCUGAGUGUACGGUUGCUGAGAAGGCUCAUUACUUCGAGGAGGUCAUACAAAAAGAGGCAGUAACUGGCUCCAGACCGCUUUCUAAAAUACUUUCUCAAGACUCCAAGGAGUCAUUCAAGGAGAGACGAAAGAGUUCCAUUGAUCCUAUAUCAUUAGAUUCUGAGCAAGUUGAUGUGAAACGUGAUACUGUUGAGGAACCAAAAAUUAUUGGGGAGAAAGUCGAUAUUCCGGUGGCGAAGGAAACUGUAAUUGAGAAGAAAAUAAUUGUCGAGCCAAAAGCUCCGCAAAUAAUCGAUGCAUUGAAAGUAUCGAAGGAUCAACCUUCAACACCACCAACACAAAAAAAUAUAGAAGAAUUUAAAGUAGAUAAAAUUGAUGAACCAAAAGCACCAAAAAUGGAAAUUCCGGUACAAAAAGAAUCUGUUGUUGAAGAUAAAUUCAUGGAACUGAAGUCGGAUGUUCAGGCUCGAGAGAUUACGAAAGAAUUUAUAUCUUCAGAAUCCAAUUUCAGUGGUCAAGAGCUCAGGAGUAUCUCAGAGCUAAAAGUUGAAGGCACAAGUAGAGAAGACACUCCUGAUAAGGUGAAAGAGGAAAAAUUGCUCGGAGAAAUGAAGAGUGAGGUAAAAGAGUUUGCUUUAGAGAAAGAGCGAGAAAUUUGCCAAGAGUUCAUAUCUGCCGAGUCCAAAUUGACUCAUCAAGAGGUAGAGCCCCGGGGUUCAAAGGAUAUCACGCCAAUCCCAAGGAAAAAGAGUGAGUCCGAAGCCCCCGAAGUCAAGGCCCCAUCGAUGAUUCCUAGAAAGAUAAAACCUGAAGCGAUGGCGAAAUUUGAGCCGAAGAAAGAAGUGAUUGAGGCUAAAGAAGAUAUUCCAGCAUUGAGACGAGAAUCUUCCAAUUUGUCUGAGAAAUCGGUAUCAAAAAUACCAGUUCCCUCACCGAAAGAGGACGUUCCAUCGAUAAAACGAGAAUCUUCCAAUUUGUCGGAAAAAUCUGUGUCGAAGAUUCCAAUUCCUUCAACUAAAGUGGAAAAAGACAAGAAACCAAAAGACUCUGAGAAAAAGGAGAAUGAUUUCGAAAAAACGAAAGAGUCAAAAAUUCCGAAACGCAUAUCCGAGGCAACAUCGACAGUGACAGAGACAAAAAUCACUGAGAAAGUGUCUCAACAUUACCAGAAGCAUACGUCCGAAACGAAGACACAGUCCCAGACGAUAACAAAAAUGUUCACUGACCCAAGAGAGGCCUUCAAAGCCUUCGAGGAUAUCGGUAUGAUGAAGGAGCCAGAUACAUCCGUUACCUCCGUUACCUCGACAGUGGACCACAGGGAAUCGACGAAACUCGAAAAGAAGGAAGUCGUCUCCUCAGAGAUAUCCCGAGGUGAUGAGAAAAUAGUGAAACACGAGGAAAAGGCACAGGAAUUAAAAGAGAAAUUAAAGGAGUCGACAACGAAAACUGAAACACCGGAGGAAACUCUAGAGGACAAAACGAGCAAGAAGGAGAAAUCCGAUAAGAGAUUAAGUCAGGAAAUUUCUGUUACUAUUGCUGAGGGAAAGCAAGUGAUCGAUGCAUUGGCUUCUCAAAUCACUACAUCAAUCAAAGACGAACAACGGAUUAAAUCUCUUGAGGAUGACGAGGGAAUUCUCAUUGAGAAAGCCGAAUCGAAGACAUUCAAGGAGCACGAGAUUGAUACAGCUAUUAAAAUUGAAAAGGACGAGUCCCUCUCCAAAGAGGAAAAGGAAAUCGAUGCCUCUGAUUUGGGUAUGAGUCUUGAGGAUGAAUUGAAGGCCGCAGUUAUUCGAGAGGAGUCUCGUGAAGAAGUUUCCCGUCACUUCGAUACCCAGAUGUACCCCUCGAGAGACACAACCGAAGACACUUCAAGGACUGACGAUAGUCCGGAGACUCUUGAGGACCAUCAGUUGAGAGUUGCACAGGAAUACGAGGCGAGGAAUAUCGCUGAGGACCUGGUUCAGCAGAUCGAGGAGGAGAUCGUGAAGCGAUCGGAGAGUUCGGAUGGUUUGAAGCUAACGAUGGACGAGAUAAAACACCAGGAAGAGCGAUAUUCCGUCGAACCCGACGAUUUCGACGAGCAGCUCGCUGACGAUUUGACAAAAAAAUUCGAACACAUGAUGAAACGGAAAGAGGACCUCCCAGAGAAGGACUCGACUCGUGGGAGUUUGAGUUACAGCGAUGAUUUCACGAAAGAUGAAGAAUCCACACCCCACGAUAGAGAUGGCAGCCUUGCCUCAUCGUCAUCACAAGCAAAAAUGAUGGAUCGAGACAUUACCAUGAGUCCCAGCAGCAUGUCCGAUCAAAUAGAACUGGAGGAAUCCUUGGAAUCUGAGAAACCAGACGGAGGGGUGGACACAUUCAUUGAAUUACCUACGGAAGUAAAAGUCGCUGAAGAAUACUACGAGGAACCAAAGGAAGAAGUCACCCCUAUGCGAUUUGAGGCGUACGAAAGCACAGGUGCCAGAGUUCUUGAAAUCCUCGAACCAGAUAAUGAUUAUCCAACACGACAAGACUCGAUCGAUAUAUCAUCCAUGGAGCUUGACGAACCGCGACACUAUCGCUCCGACGAGGAAGAUCUGUCCCUCAACGACAAAUAUCUCAAGGACUUGGAUUUUGGGAAACUCCACAAGAGCCCGGAAAUGGAGUCCCUGGACAAGAUCGGACAGGAUCGUGACUUGACCUUCUCCCCUAGCACUGUCUCGGAGUCUUCCAUGGUACAUGAGCGCAGCUUGAGCUCUUCAAUUCUUCCGAAAGGUGGAACCGAUCUUGUAGAGAGUGAAGACGGUGGAUUCUCGUCUAUGGAGCCCGAAAAAACCGAAAAAACACCAGAGAAGGUCACGAAAUUGGACACGGGGAUAAUCGAUAAGAGUAUAAUCCCAUCGAUCAUUUCUCCGAAGGUAAAAGUCGCAGAAUUGGAAAUCAAACCGACUGAUUGGCUCAUUGGAGACGAAAAAAUCGAGGUCUCAGAGACUCUUCAGCCAUCCCAGGCGUUCGAUAAAGAGCUUGAGGAAUACCAGACGAGCAUGAUCAAGCAACACAGCUUGACAUCAUCGAUCGAGGGAUCUGUUACUCGUUCUUCAGAGGAUGUCAGUACAAUUGAUUCGGUAAUUGAUGGUUCACGAGCAAGAAUUUUUGUUGACCCACCCAGUGAGAUAGAAAUCGAUCAGGAACUGGUGGAAAACACACUGGAAAUCAGCUGUCAGGAACUCGUUGACACCCUCCAACGGGAGUACGAAUUAAAAACUCCGUCCGAUGACAAGCCACCAUUGACACCUCGUAGAACGUCUGAGAGCGAUGGAGAGUUUGAAUUUGUCGAAGACCAAGAAGACACAAUGAAAAAAAUUCAGAAGGCCUUGGAUUUCGAGGAAAAGCCCCUUGACGUAUCUGAAGUUGUAGAAUCGUUGGAAAUAACAGGUGCUGUGGCUGAAUCGUCCACGAAGGAAACAACCACCGGAGAUGAUGUCAAAUUGAAAGAAAAGAGUGAAGUCGAGGAGAAGGAUAUCGAUACAAGUGAAGUGAAGGAGAAAAAAGAACAGAAGACGAAGAGACAUGAAGAGAUGAAGAUGGAAGUUGCCCUGAAAGGUCUGAAGGAGUCGUUGGCGACGAAGAAACCCUCGACUGACGACUCUAAACGUCAUCCAGAAAAGUCCGCCGAUUCGAGAGAUAAACAAGGCCACACUGGAUCAAGUGACUCUAGCCCCUUCAAACGUAAGAAGGAUCCAAACGUCGAUCUCAGUGCUAGAUACGCCAUAACUGUCCUCGAUCAGGUUGUCAGCAAAGAGAUUGCCGAAGUGAAGGAGUCACUCGAAGCAGCGAAACAGGACUUGAUAGAGGAAUUAAGUGAAAAUAGCGAGACAGUGUUUCAAAUUAAAGAUUCGCCAUCGGAAUUCCAAUUCAAACUGGAACCAGAAUCGAUUCCAAACGAUCUUCCAUUCCUGUAUAAAGCACCCUCUGUUGAGCAAGUGACUGAUCCGGAGACUGUUUCCGCUGGAUCACCAGUGGCUAAACCGAGAAGACAGGAUACGCAGCCCGAGCAGGAAUCACCUGAGAAGAAGUCCGUGGACAAAGAUGAGUCGGAUAAAUCUAGUGAGAUAACCGGAGAUAAAUCGGACUCUGCGGUCAAGGUGUCAAUUUAUAAAGACGCUGAGUCUUUAGAGGAAUCCCAUCCGAUUGCCGCUUCCAGGUCGGGCUCAGAUAUCGAGAACAAAGAUGAUAUUUCCUCUUUGUCAGUCCCACCACAGCCUGCACCACGUCGUCGACAAAAACCUAUGAGGAUAUCCAAGAAAGGACACUCUGCAAGUGAAGCUGAAUCGAGUUCUGGUGAAAGCAGUAAUUAUCAAUCAUGCGAUUACGAAAUCGGCUCGGGGAGUAGACCAAGUUCCUCGGACAUUGAGGCCCUGCAAUCAGCCGCUGGAAUUCCCUCAGGCACAGCAUCAGAAUACGAAACUGCCAUGAUGUCAAUCGAUCAUUCCUCCAGAUCGCGUCCAACGUCCCAGGAAUACCACAGCGCUGUCUCUACACUGAGCUCCAGAGAAUCGAUGAAAUCCCUGAAUUCUCUGAGUUCAGGACACCUUGGGAGUAUCGACAGCACAAGUGAAUUAACCGAUACCCUAGUUGCUUCUGAAUCCGAGAUCGACGAGGGGAAGAUCGGUGAGAAUUUAGAACUACUUCUCGACGAAGAGCCAAAAGGAUCUGAUUCAGAAGAAAGUGAAAUUCCACUUGACGAUUCGUUCGAUAAAACGAGCGAAGACCUACCCUGCAAGAUGAAACGAUCAUCCGAGAUGAUAUUCCAACAACAGAUAUCAGAAGACCAGGACUCUUCAUCGAUUCCAGAACCUCUUGGCUCGACAGAGGAUACCAAAGUUACUUCCAGCAUUCUAAUCAGCGAAGACGACGACUUGAGAACCUCAACUCUGGAUGCCAUUUCCGAGCAGAUCAGUGGAAAAGCCGAAAUCGGUUCAUCCUCACCUGAAAUCCGCUUGAAAUCGAUCGAGGCACAAUCAACCGGCGACGAUAUCGAUUCGUCUGAAUUAAAAAUGAGUUCGUUAAGUGCAGCAGACGAGGUCGAGGCUCUCCUCCUGACGAAACGCUCAGUCCUUCAACAGGCAAGCAUGUCGACAUCGUCGACCUCCGGGAUGUCCGUGGAAACAGUUAUAGAACGUGAGAAACAAGACAGACAUUCGCCGGAUUCCGAUUCCUUCGAGCUAGUAGAUAAACCAGACAUCAUCGACGACUUUAUUGUCAUUGAAGAGGUGGGGAGAGAGGCCGAGGAGUUCGACGCCGAAGGAAAGAGUAUAUCUAUUAGUACCAAACCAAUGGCAACGAUAAAGAAAUUUGAUCGUGACGUGGAAAACCUGAUAACGGACACUGAUAAGGAUGAGGCAGGUUCCCAAGUGUCACGGAAUAAUGAGCUAUUUGAUUUUGAGUCAGAAGAGAGUCCUCCACAGGCUUCCAAUGACGAUCAAUACUCGCAAUCCUAUUCUGACGAAGAGCAGGAUAACAAGAAGUGGAUGGAGAUGCAAUUCGCGGCUGAUCCGAGGGGAUACGAAGUGGAGUACGACAGAGGUCCCCUCGAAGACAUAAAAGAGGAGGAAAUCACUGAUUUCGAGGCUGGUAGCAGUCGAUUUGGAAGUUUAGGAAGUCACAAAGGUUCACUGGGUUCCAGUGGAAGUAUGAAGGGUAGCCUCGGAGCUGAAUACGACGUACUAGCCGGUAGGAAAACAUUCUCCAAAUCGAUUGAGCACGAUAACAUCUCCAUGAGCUCCCUCCAGGAGUUUGAGAACCUUGAGAGCGCUGUUCAGGGGGAACUGGGAAAGAAGUUCGCUUGUGGCUCUCAAGAUUCUGUUAAUAACGGAAGUCUUCCAAGGAGAUACAUUACAAGUCGCUCGGGUCACGGUGAUGACGUCUCAGUCUCGUCCCUGAAGGACUUCGAGGGGCUCGAGAGAGCUUGUCGUGACGCUCACAUGAUUGAACUCAGAGCGAAGGAAGAGGAGGAUCUUCUGGAACACGAGAGCCCUGAGAAUCGUUACAGAUUGGAAAAUCUUCCAAAGCCGAAACCAACGGAGAGCAGUGCCACGGGUUCCUUCAAUCCAAGCACUUCCGGAUCCGAUGACUAUGAGAAAAGAAUAAUGGAGAUUGAUGAGAUCAUCAGAAUUGCUCAAGCUAAUGUUGAGAAAUUCGAUCGACAGGACGACACAACUGAGGAUAUUUCUCAAAUCGAAGCGGAAAAGAUCGAGGGAGCUUUAACACUUCCCCCAGAGGUGGAAGAUACCACAAAGGUAAAAGAGGGGAAUGUUAUGGAGACUAGCACAGACUCUCUAGAGCUCGAGGGUGAUGCAGAGAAAAAGGACAACCUCAUGUGCAGGAGCUCAGAUUCUCUAGAGAUGAAGACUACAGUCGAUUUCCCAUCCCUUAGUUAUUCAGAUUCGUUGAAUAAUGUUAGGGAUGUGAAGGAAUCGGGAUCGUCUGUGGAACAGUUCUGUAAUACCAGGAGGAUAUCAUCCGAUUCACUUGAGAUGCCGGUGCUCGAGCACCCUGAGCACGAUCCAAGCGCAACCGAGGGAAGCGGAAGCUUUCAAAUGAGAAGUGAAGAUUCAUUUGACGUAAAAAUCACCAAAAAUGGAAAGACUACAUUUCCGACCACGACUGAUGCGUAAAAAUAGAUGGGGGAAACAGCCGAGUUUCGAGGCGAUCAUGAAAAACUAUGAUAUAAUGUGAAGCUUUACAUGUGUGGAAGCUCGUGGAAAAUUAUCCCGAGACGAUGGUAUUUGCGGGGCUUGUGCAUUUGUGAAACAAAUAGGAUUUUAUUGUACCGUUAUUAAUUUCAAAAUGGUCGAGACUCGUUACGAGACGACAAAUCACGAGAGAAAAAUUUAAUGCUUGAAGAAAUACGGGACAUGAUAAAAAAGAAUAAUAAUUGACUAAAAUUGUUGAGUAAAUGUGCUAAGGAUGCGAGUGCAACUGAUAACUCUAUAAACUGCAUCCAUUCAGGUAUUCUUCAUAAUAAUUUACUUCGAGAAUAUCGAUGUUCUAGAAAAAAAGACGACGGAAAGCCACAAAAAAAAAUUAAUCAAUCUUUUGCUUGACUGUUUUAGACUUUUUACACGCAUUACGUUGCAAUUUGUAUAUUGGAUAUUUUAAUUAAUCAAUAACGAAGCAAUUCAAAGAUAUACGUUCACUUUGUACUAUACGUGAAGUAACAGUGCUGUACUUAAACCCUAUCGUGGCAUCGUUUUUGUAAAACAAUUUCAAUCUUGAUAUGCCUUUUUAAUGAAAAAAAAAUCCGGAGAAAGUGGUGAGAAAACAAUGGAAACAUACUCAUUUUUAUCUUAACAACUAAGUGAAUUAAAGUAUUAUACAAUUAAAAACAGUCCAAUGUUAUUUAAAACCAAUGACAUCAGUUCUCCCAUCAUAUUUACUUAAUAUCACUCGCUACGAUCGUAAACUGAAUUUAUUCAGUUAGCAAAUUCGAGAACGAGAGAUAUUAAUUUUUCGACUUUAUUUUGCGCGGAGGUAGUAGAGUGGGGAAAUCGAGAUAAACGCGAAAAAAGAAAUUGAUUAUAACGGGAUUCCACUGUAAAUCAAAAUUUAUCAACAGCUUAAGAAAUUAUUACAUCACUGAAUCAAUACUCAAGCCCCAAUAAUCACGCCACGUGGAUUAGAAUUCUUGGAUUGUACGGCUGCUCCAUUCCAUCUUUCCUUAUAUC